AUGGCAUCCGAACCCACGGUCGCUGUCUCAUCCCCAACCUACGAGCCCCUUCGUCGACGCUACUUUAACUCGCGUGUCCCGAACGUCAAGCCUGCGGAGAUCCAUUGCCCACGCACCACCGCAGAGGUCGCGGCCAUCAUUAAGUCCGCCCGCGCACGCAACCUGAAAGUGGGUGUCCGCUCCGGCGGACACUCCUUCUCCUGCCUCUCCCUGGUGGAGGAUGGUCUACUAAUCGACACCUCCCAGCUCAACAGUGAAAUCUCGUACGACUCUGCCACGAAGGUCGUCUCGUUCAGCCCUGGAAGAACGGUACAGGACCUGGCCUCGUAUAUGACGAGUCUGGCGCGCUUCUUCCCUUUCGGCCACGCUCGCAAAGUUGGCACGGGUGGCUUCUAUCUGGCAGGCGGGCAGGGCUGUUUUUUGCGCGGCUGGGGCUACACGUGCGACCAGUGGGUGACGCAGAUCGAGGUGGUCGUUCCGUCCGGUGAUGUGGUUAUCGCGAGCGCGACACAGAACGCUGACCUCUACUGGGCAGCGCCCGGCAGCGGUGUAGGGUUCUUCGGGGUCGUGACGCGGAUUUGGGGGCGGACCUUGCCAGCCAAGAAAUUGUUUGACACGACGCUAGUGUUCGAUGUGACGGACGUGUUCAAACCGCUGCUGAAGUGGUUCUUCUUGACAGCCGACCGAGUACCAAAGUAUGGGAGUGAUCUCAUGUUUGUGACGUUCUAUGCGGACAAGGACACGCCGGAUCUGGGCGAUGAGUCGCGUGCGAAGCGCAUCAUGGCGGCCAUCAAUCAGACCAUCUGGGCGGAUUCGCUGGGCGAGGCGGAAAUUCUCGCCAGUUUGUGGGAUGCCGUGCCGGAGGAGUUCCAGAGAGUUCUGGCUGAGCGGGUGCCCCUGGCUGAGCGGACGUGGGAGUUUAUAUGGAAAGUGCAGGAUUCAUUCCAGCCAUCGGGCAAGGGCACGCGUUACAGGGUCAUCGGCGCCGUCACCCCCGCGGUAUACGAGCUCCCGACACGGCGGGCAACCGGCAACAUCUGCCCGUUGGGCGACUACUACCCUGACGAAGCGGACCACUGCCUCAGCCUGCCGCAAAAGUGUACUGUCACCACCAUCACGUGCUACCAGGAUGCCAGUCGCGAUGCCGCAGUGGAUCAGUGGACGGCGGCGGCGUACCGUGAAGCGGAAAAGGUCGCUAUUGGACAGUAUGUGGCGGAUUACGAUCCAACGCAGAGGCAGGCCAAGAUUAUGUCUGACACGGCACUGAGGAAGUGGUUGGGAAUACGCUCCAAGUGGGACCCGGAGGAUAUGUUCGUGGGAUACAGGGCCUUCGAAAAGCAACUGAGUGAGGAUGUACCGAUGCCCAAAGGCGUCUAA